AGAAUCAGAAACUAGACAAACAACUUUAAAAAUAUUGUUGAACGAACCUCAUUCCAUGCGAGAGACUGAUUUGGAACCCGCGGUCACAACUGGUAUUACGUUUUUGGAAGGUGGCAAUGCUAAGGCAUUUCAGUUCGCCGAAGGCCAUCUUGAAGUUAGUACGUGCAUUGUAAACAGAGGCAGACUUGUGAGUGGGAUUGGAUCACUGGGAAAAUUAGGUGCUAGACUUGAAGUUCAUGUAUGUGAAAAUGGUUGGAGGCUACAAAACCUCUCGAAAAGAUCUCGUGAAGAUGAGUGAACCCACAAGCUCUAAACGUCGAGAAUGAAACUCAAUACACAUGCAUCAAUGUUAAUCUUUAUAAUAUAAAACCUCCAUGAAAUAAAUGAUUGGACAACAUUUGCAAUAUUUAAAACCGAAAGGUCACCAAGAAUAUUUUACAUAAAGUACCUUUGCUUGCAUUGUUGCUGUGGAAGAAAAUGAUAUCGAAGUCAAUACAAUACGUAAUUCAGUACUUCAAAACAUUUUAAAGACCUCAAAUGCAUAAAAAAGGUAUUUUUAGUUGUAUUAUUAAUUUUAUCAAAUUAUUAUUAUUAUUAUGCAUAAACAUAACACUUUUACAAACGGGCAAUUGAUUCGACUUCGUGGGACUUGAGUGCUUGAGGGGGUUGCUUGAGAAGGAGUGAGUUGUUAAGGAAGGUGCGCCCAAGAACAUGGACACCAAUAUUGCGGAAUCCCAAUCUCCGUAAGGCAUGAAUGUUUUAAGUUGUGUUCGUGGCGUUGGGAACGUUCCACUUCCU